ACUUGUGCAUGGGCACUAGCAUUACUAGUUUUUUAUAAUAAUUGCAACAAUUUCAGCGUAGGUUUCUGAAUGAAUCAAAAGCCUAUUUUUGGGUUCUCUUCAUUAGCUUUAGCAUAGCAGCCACCUUUGGUAUCUCCGGGUUUCAUUCUUUUCCUCAUGUACAGAGCAGUAGCUUCACGUCUCACCCUUCCCAAGGGAAAUGGGAGAACCUUGGGAGCCUCCAGAGGUUUAUUCAACUGGCUUACUGGGGAAUCUUCAAAUCCUCUUCCUCCCCUUGACACCCCACUUAGAGGGGUUUCCCUGCCACCUUCAUUGCCAGAUUAUGUUGAACCAAGCAAGACCAAGAUCACAACUCUCCCCAAUGGUCUAAAAAUUGCAUCAGAAACCUCACCAAACCCUGCUGCCUCAAUUGGGUUAUAUGUUGACUGUGGUUCCCUCUAUGAGACGCCAUUGUCAAGCGGGGCGUCACACCUGUUAGAGAAAAUGUCUUUCAAGAGCACGGCAAACCGAAGUCACUUUCGUGUUGUAAGGGAAGUGGAAGCAGUUGGUGGCAAUGUAGGAGCCUCGGCCUCUCGGGAGCAAAUGGGCUACACUUUUGAUGCUCUAAAAACUUAUGUUCCACAAAUGAUUGAGUUGCUGGUUGACUGCGUAAGGAACCCGGCCUUCUUAGAUUGGGAGGUCAAUGAAGAGCUUCGGAAGGUGAAAUCAGAACUUGGAGAACUAUCAAACAAUCCCCAAGGCUUACUUUUGGAGGCAGUUCACUCUGCUGGUUAUUCUGGAGCAUUGGCUAAUCCACUUUUGGCUUCUGAAUCAGCACUGAACACAUUAAAUAGCUCCCUUUUAGAGGAAUUUGUUGCUGAGAAUUAUACUGCAUCUAGAAUGGUACUUGCAGCAUCUGGGGUUGAGCAUGAAGAACUUUUAUCUGUCGCUGAACCACUUCUCUCUGAUCUACCAAGUGUUCCCUGUCCUGAAGAACCAAAAUCUGAAUAUGUUGGUGGAGAUUUCCGUCGUCAAGGUGAACCAGGGGUUGCACAUGUAGCUAUUGCUUUUGAAGUGCCUGGUGGCUGGAAAAAAGAGAAAGAAGCUAUUGUUUUGACUGUUCUACAGAUGCUUAUGGGAGGAGGUGGGUCAUUCUCAGCCGGAGGGCCUGGGAAAGGGAUGCACUCAAGGCUGUUUCUUCGUGUCUUGAAUGAACAUCAACAGAUUCAUUCUUUUUCUGCAUUCAACAGUCUCUUCAACAAUACAGGGUUAUUUGGCAUCUAUGCAAGCACGGGCUCUGAUUUUGUGGCAAAAGCUGUGGAUUUAGCAGCCAGAGAAUUAAUUGCAAUUGCAUCACCAGGACAAGUUUCACAGGUACAGCUUGACCGUGCUAAGGUAUCCACGAAGUCUGCAGUUCUAAUGAAUUUGGAGUCCAGAAUGAUUGCAUCAGAGGAUAUAGGAAGGCAGAUAUUGACUUAUGGAGAAAGGAAGCCACUGGAGCAGUUCUUUAAGGCAGUAGAUGGAAUCACUUUGAAUGAUAUCACUAAAAUUUCUCAGAAGAUUAUUUCCUCACCUCUCACUAUGGCAUCCUAUGGGGAUGUAUUCAAUGUCCCCAGUUACGAAUCCGUUAGCAGGAAGUUCCAUGCAAAAUGAAAUUGCUUUAUCAUUCUCACCAAGCCAAAAUAAAUCGCGGAGAAUUUUUAUUGCGGAUUUGAGAUGAACCUUUUCAGUUUUGUUUUGAGUAGUCAUUCCCUUUGAAAUAUAAGUGUAUGAUCUCACGGCAUUUUCCUUCCUUUGUCCUUUGCCAAGUAAUUAAUUUUCUGUAUUUCUUUUAUUAAUUCUUUUCAUGAAUAAUUGAUUUGGUUUCUACUUCUGCAAGAAAAUAGCUUUAUCUGUUGUUGGUGCUCA